AGGGAAGCACUUAACCACAUCCAAAACCAAUAGCAACACAAACAAAAGAAAAUCUACUCUUUAGUUUCAACACUUCAGCUUUAAUAAUCCUAACAACAUGGCAAUGCUCAUCAAGAACAAAAACAUGGCCUUCUCACUGAUCUUGAUGUGUCUCUUUGUGGUGUAUCCAAUGGCUAACGCUCAAAUUAGUGGGCUUCUUGGCGGGGCUACUGUCGUCAAUAUACAAGGGCUUGUUACGUGCUCUACCAAUGGUAGCGUCUCUACCAAUACCACUUCCAUCCCUCCUUUCGCCGGUGUGCCCGUUUUGCUUCAGUGUGCUGGGCAAAAUGUUACAACUACGACUACGGGAGCUAAUGGAGUAUUCUCGUUUCCUUCCAGUACAGUACUUCCGAUCUCGCUUCUUUCCACACUCCUUAACUCCGGUUGUAGGGCCAUUGUCACGGCCCCUCUCUCCACAUGCAACGCAAGCCUCCCUACCAACGGACUCCUCACGGCACCGUUAAAUCUCGCAGGAACCAUCGUUACCGGCGGCAUCAACAUCUUGCAAUUCGUCAAUGGCCUCUUUAGGCUCAUCUAACUGGUUUCAAACCAAGUAUUCCUUCUUGGUUUGGUUACGGUGUGUGUUUCCCUUCUGUUGUUUUAUGUUUUGCGUCAUGGCCAUUAACGUGUAUGCUUACGUAUGCAUGCAUGAAUAAGGUCUAAAUAAGAAUGCGUAUGUCUCUAUCUUCAAAGUAUUGUGGUUGUAACUUCUUGUCCAGGUCUUAAUUUGCAUGCAGUGCAUGCAAUGAAAAAUGAAAUAAAAUAGUUUCCCUUAUAGUCUUA